CAAGAAGGCAAAGAAUGAAUUUUUCAAUUAUUUUAAUAUAUACACAAACAGCAGUUUUAAGCAGUUCGAUUAAACGUAAUCAUUAUUUAUUUAUUAUUAUGAUUAUUUAAUGACGUUCGAAUUUGAACGAAAGAUAAAUUUAAUAAUUUAUCAUUAUGAAAUCCUUUGAGAAAUUUUAAUGAUGACGACAAAUAACAAAAAUAAUUAGCCAGACGUAUAUAAACGAUUAGAAUUUUAAAGAUAAUGAUAAAGUAUGGAUGAAGGAAAGGAUAAAAAAAAAAAAAAAAAAAAAAAAGAAAAAAAAAGAAAAGAAAAGAAGAAAAAAAAAAGAAAGAACUCUGGGAUUAAAUUUAAUGACGACACGCGAACCUUCUUUUUCCUUUUUCUUCUCCUUCUGUUUACGUCACAAUUUAUAUUGUCUCUCUGCUUACUUCCUCUCGUAAAAUAAAAUUGACGACGAUUUCAAAGGGAAAAAGAGAAAGAAAAAGAGAGAGAGAGAGAGAGAGAGAGAGACUUUGAUAUAAAGAAUUGUAAUCGAUUAGCGGCGUUGUUUAAUUCACACAUGCACACACACACACGCACACACUAAUGUACAUUCACGAGCUCAUUCACACGAGAAUUAUUACAUUAUCCAUUUUGCAUAUUUCUUUGUUUUUCAUUUAUCUUUUUUUAUUAACGUCAUAUGUUCAUGUAUCAAUCAAGAAUGUUAAUUAGAAUUGAAUGUGUGCGUAAGGAUUCGUAUGUCGAUGGAACAAACAAAUCGUCAGAAUUUUACACUUUUAGUGAAUGGAUAAAAAGGUCAAUGUGAUAAUAUGCUAAUAUUGACGAACUUUCUAUCUUGAUGAACGUCCAUUGUGCCUACUUUCGUUUUUGUCCUGGAAAAAAAAAAAAAAAAGAAGAACACGGAAGAAAAAAAAAUAAUAAAUUGAAUUUAUCUGUAUGAUGUUUAGAGACAAAUUUAAUUGGCGAUUAAUAACGUCUAAUAAUAUUCAAAAGAAUUUUAUUCAUAUAAAUUUUUUUUUCUACUUUCGUUUACUUUUCGUUUUGUAAUUUAUCAUUAAGUAUUAUAUAUAUAUAUAUAUACAUAUAUAUAUGAUUCUACUUAUCUACUCGUUCAUCUUGCUUGUGUAUAUGCGAAGACGUCAGUGAGAUCAAGCCAUAUAACCAGUUUCAACUAACGGACUCCGUGAAUACUUUUGAUACCACCAUAAGGUAUCUCAGAUAUACGUGGUUGAAUAAUCUCAUGUAGUUUCACGAAAACGAUCGACGAUUUCAUUUCGUUCCUUCGAAAAACUUUGUUGUGUUUGUUAUACUAAUUGAGAAGAUCUAUGGGACGACAUAGAAUGAAUCUUUUCGUGGCUUUAUUUGUGAUAUUUAUCCUUCGUAACAACGUAUUGGGUGUAUCAAAUGUAGAUAACCCGAACGACAGUAGUGACGUGUCGGAUGAUCAAUCAUCAGGGGCUAAGUUUUUCUACACCCCGGAACCUCGAGCUGAUAUUCGCCAGUAUUACGAUGUACCAUCGGUCGGUAACAUUUACCGACCGUACCCUUCAAUCGAUAAAAGAAAGUGUCCGCUAUGCGAUAGCUCCAUAUAUCCCUAUUGCAGUGAGAAAUUGUUACAUGAUGCUUGCUGUUGCACAAAUCCUUACAUCGAAGAAUUGCCAUAUCAGUGCAAAUUGGCUGAUUGUCGAUUUUUACAUGCCAACAGUUGCAGAGAACAUCGACUUAUAGCGAAUUGUUGUUGCAGCGACGAUUAUCGUUCCCUAUUGAAAACUUUCGCGACGAAGACAUCGUCCUUGUCCUCGUCGUAGUUUUAUCCAAGAAAAAGAACGAAGAAAAUUAAGCGGAAAUAUCUAAAUAGAACUUUCUACAUCAUCAUUUUCUUCUUCGUCUUCUUCUUUCUUGCCAAAGUUCAUCGUGCAAAUGAACGCUUCUUCAUGCGACGUAAAAGAAAACUGGGUCAAUGAAAUCGUGACAAGGGCUGCUUGAUUAUUAAUUAUCCGAGUCAAUUAAUCUUAAAUUGCAUUCAAUAAAAUUACACUUGGAUAAAAAUGUUCUUGCUUGUUCUCAUUAUUUUAUC